AUGGCUGCGGAUGGCACCGUGACGCAAGUGGAGGAGCUCGAGACUGGCAGCUAUGUCAAAGUGCUUGAUGGUGCCUCGGUGAGCUUCGGGCAGGUUCUCUAUCAAAAGCCGGUCAUGUCUUCGCAAAGCUCCGACGAGGAGGCUGUCGAAACUUUGGACAAGCCCAUCAAUUCUGAUCAGGAUGGUGAGGUUGUCUUACAAGAGGCUGAUGCGCAGAACAAUUGUAUUGAGCAAGGAGGCAUGCUGGUCUGGGUGUUGCAGGGCACUUCUCUCGACUUUCAGCACGAAGGUUCCACUUUGGCGGUGAAAGAGGGAGAUGCUGUUGAAGUUGGUCAAGCACUUGCACAAGAAUGGGCCGCGACACAACAUGAUGGAGUUCCACGUUUUCAGGAGCCGCCUCGAUCGGUGAUUGCUGAGGCCUUCUCUUUGCGCACAGACUUUGAUUUCUUCGAGCUUGCGGCAGCUCGGACAACGGAGUACAUCACAGAACCGCAGAUGCCAUCCUCGUUGCAUGAGGACUGCCUGUGCUUCAUGUGCAUUUUGGACAACUGUCGUCCUGGAGUCUCGCGCGCUUUGACGGCUGCAGAUGAGAUCCGCAGAGCAAGCCCUGCAGCUCCCAAGUCGUCAAACGUGUUCACCCAGGUUUGGCAGGAUGAGCAGGAUGCUGCACGGCGAAAGCUGCGAGUCAUGUGUAACCCGCCAUCCCUGCAAUCAGGGGCCGCCAUCUUCCCAACUGCCUGCAAUAUCACCGCAGAGUGUGUGACGCCGGGUGGUGGCCUGUGCCUUCAUGUGCCACGGGAAGGUGGCAUGGCUAUCCUCUGGUCACCUGAAGAGAGUAUCCGGCUUUUGAACGAAGAGCAGCGGAAGGUCUGUAAGGAAAAGAGCCCUAUCAAGCUGGGAAGGCAGUUGCUAUUCAAACGGACUUCCUUGUCUUCUACAGCUACUGUGCAGCGAGAAGAGGACGGCGUAUUGGUUUGCCGCUGCAAGGAUCGGGUGUACUAUUCCAGAGACCUUGAAAAGCUGGACCUAUCAGCAGAUGCUUCUUGGGAGUGUGCCAUCAAGCCUGGCGAGAUUCUCUUGGCUCCAAGCAAGCAUUUCACUGAGGGCAUUUGGUGGGAUGCAGCGGAGGGCUCACAGGACGGAAACGGAGUAUAUUUCUACAUGAGAGCAGUGCCCCCCGAUCAUCCGGUCAUACCAGGGCUGCCUAUGACCAAGAUGGCCUCAAACUGGACGAUUGCUCAGAUUCUGGACGACCCUCGUGGUUCUGAUCUUGUGAGGCUUCUGCUGCGUCGUACAAGAUUGUUCGACCUGCCAGCAGCUGAUCAUCGGCUGCCGUCUGAGACAGAUUGUGGAGUCCGCCGUGCCGUUGGUUUUGGCGCACGAAGUGUCUGCCAGUGUCGGCAUUGCAUCAGUGCUGUGCCGGACCAACUUGCCGAGGAGGCUCCCUGCCCACCGGCGGUCUCCCUGCAUGGAGAGACGCUGGAUGUUGCCCGCGAGUGGGGUCCAAGCAGCCUUUGCGUCAUUCAGCACUCUCCACUGGGUGACGCAAGAGCAGCUGCAGCAAACAGUUCUUGGCAAGAGGCCGAGCCACGAUACAUCACUUGUGGUGCUUCAGACGGCGUCAUCGCUCGUCGGAUGGUGCCAUCCAAAUCCAGUGGCAUUGUAUGCAAAGCCGAGCUUCGAGAUGAAAGCGAGGAAGGGCCCAGCAGGCUGACAGCGGUGGUUCUGAGUGACAAGGAUGUGUUAAGGGUGCCCUGUCAGGCGAAACCGUUGAUUCACUUGGGAGACCUAGUUCGACAGCAUGAUUGGCUUAGCUCUGAAGAUGUUUCUCCUGCAGCUGGACAAGUUGUGUCCGUGCAAGUUGACGAAGAUGGUCACGCAACAGUUCUGCUGCGCCGGGCCAGUUCUUACCUGGUCACUCAGAAGGGCUCGGUAAUGGUGCGUGACGGGAGUGUGGUCCGCAUUGGAGACUGCCUGGCCACGGAACCAUUGGCAGUACCGCGGACAUCGGAUAUUGUUCAAGGCCUUCCGCGCAUUGAAAGGCUUUUCGAGGCUGCCAACAAGCAACUUGAAGCUCGGCUAGACAAGAUCUUCGAGGAGGAGGCCAUAAAUCGGAGCAGCCUCGAUGCUGCGUACGCAGCCCGCCGAAGGUUUGAGCAGGAGCUUUUGGCCGACAUUCAGUCCGCCUAUGGCGAACAGGGUGUUGACAUCAGUAGCAAGCACAUUGAGGUGGUCGUACGCAGAAUGACAGAGAAGUGCAGGAUUGAAGAGGGCAUCAGCGGACUGCCGCCUGGCACUUUGAUGAAUUAUGUUGAGCUGGAAGGGCUUUGCGCACUCCAGCCCAGCGGAGAGGUGAGGGUGAGGCCUGUCGUUCGUGGGGUGACGGAGAUCGGCAGGGAUGGCAGCCACAUGCUUGUGGCAAUGGGAUUCCGAGAAGUGGACAAUGUCGUUGCCAAUGAAGUCUGCAGUGGUGCAGGCCGCUUCGGCAUGGAGGGUGUGAAGGAGAACCUCAUGAUUGGGAAGGCGGUUAGCGUUGGAAGCAAGACGACUUCCUCAGCAGAUACCAUGGAUUGUGAGAUUGAUUUGGAUGGAAUUCCUGCAUGGGCUGAAGAAGCAUCAUACAGAUGA